AUGCUGCCGCUCGCGCUGCUGGCCGUCGCCACCUUCCUCGCCAGCGUCACCGCCGCCGCCGACUGCUUCUUCUCGGACGGGUCGACGCCCAAGGGCGAGGACCGCAUAGUCGCUUGCAGCUGGAACAAAGACCUCACAGGCCACGGCACGUGCUGCGUCAUCGGCGACGUCUGCCUCACCAACGCCGGCUGCAUGCGCGGGGGCGCCAAGGAGGCCGACGACGACAGGUUCUACAUCGGCGCCUGCACCUCAAAGACCGGGGAGUCGUGCACCGAUGUGUGCUCCAACCGGGGCGAGAUCGUCCCGCUCAACCUGUGCGCGGAGGGAAACAACAGCUACGUCUGCGAUGGCACCGGGCAGUGCGACAAGAGGUUUGGCGGCACUAUCCUGAUGGGAGCGACUAUCACUAGUGGCGGCACCGCCCUCGACCCCAAGGGCACUCCGAUUCCUCCCAAUAGCUCAAGCGGCCGUUCAGGUCCUGCUACAACCGACGCCACCACGUCGACAUCGGACCCGCGGGCGCCAGGCUCCGCUCCCACACCCUCGUCUCCGGGCCAGACUGCCGCCCCGGAUGCUCCCUCGAACAGCACCGGGAACUCUACUGGACCGGCCGACCAGCCGCAGGACGCCAACGGCACGAUCCCGCUGGCUGUCGGCGUCUCCAUCGGGGGCGCGGCCAUCGCGGCCGCUUGCGGCAUCGGAUUCUGGAUGUGGCGGGAGCGGAAGAAGCGCGAGCCGGCCAGAGCCGACUCGCCGCCUCCCGCGACGCUGGAGCCGUACCCCCCGGCAACCGAGAACAACAACUACUACGGUGAUCCACGGAACGCCCUUAGGCAGGAGGCGUUCAUGCGCAUGCACGGCCAUUGAAGCAGAAGCGCAAGUGGGAAAAUGAAGCUCCAGCAUCGGCUGGUGAAGAAAUAAGCUGUGUAGCAAUCGGUGGGAGGGAUGCGGUUCCGGCAGAAGUUAUAGGGGUCUGGUUUCGAAGAAUCU